AUGUGCCAAACAUAUUUGUUCAAAAGAUGUUUACAUACAAGUUACAAGGUACAUUUUGCUUGGCCGCAACAUAUCGGUAACGCUAAUAAAGAAUUUAGGGUGAACAAAAACGACCUGUACGGCAAUGGUUCGGAAACAAGACUCGAUUAUAUGAGAUCAUUGAACAUCAACGCCAAGACUCAUUCGUUAAGGCUGACAAACAUCGUGUGCACUAUAGGACCCGCCACGGCCGAUGUGAAGAUGUUGAAAAUGUUGAUGGAAGCCGGUAUGAACAUAGCUCGGUUGAACUUUUCCCACGGGACGCACGAGUAUCACUUUAACACCGUGCAGAAUCUAAGGCGAGCAGUGGAAUGCUAUAGCGACAAGAUCAAAAGGCCCUAUCCGUUAGCCAUUGCUCUAGAUACCAAAGGUCCGGAGAUUCGAACCGGCGUGUUGGACGGUGAAAAUCGGGACGUGGCUAAAGAGGUGGAAUUGAAGAAAGGUGAGAUCUUCCGUCUGACCACGGACAAGGAGAUCGAAAACGUCGGUUCGAGUAGACAAGUGUACGUCAACUACGCGAACAUCGUCAAAGUGGUGAAAAAAAACGAUCGCAUUUACAUUGACGAUGGUCUGUUGUUGCUGAUUGCCGAGGAAGUGGGCGAAAAAUAUAUAGACUGCCGCGUCGAGGACGGCGGUAUGUUAGGCAGCCGCAAAGGAGUGAACUUGCCGGGGGUAGACGUCGACCUGCCAGCCGUAUCGGAGAAGGAUAAGUCAGAUCUGAGGUUCGCAGUCGAACACGAUUUGGACAUGGUGUUCGCAUCGUUUAUCAGAGAACCAUCGGCCAUAGGCGAAAUACGGACAAUCUUGGGUGAACAGGGUAAGCACAUACUCAUCGUACCGAAAAUCGAGAACCACCAGGGCGUGGAAAACUUGCAGUCUAUAAUUGAUGUAUCCGACGGCAUUAUGGUGGCCAGAGGCGACUUAGGUAUCGAAAUACCGCCGGAAAAAGUGUUUCUGGCACAAAAAUCGAUCCUCGCCCAGUGCAACAUUCAUGGUAAGCCGGGGAUUUGCGCGACGCAAAUGAUGGAAUCGAUGACGAACAAACCGCGAGCGACGAAGGCAGAGUGUUCUGACGUGGCCAACGCCGUUAUGGACGGUGCCGAUUGCGUCAUGUUGUCGGGAGAAACUGCCAAAGGUAAAUAUCCGAUCGAAUGCGUACGUGUCAUGGACAAACUGUGCCGGGAAGCUGAGUCCGCUAUGUGGCGGAAGGAAUUUUUCCGCGAUAUCGUCUCAAGUGCCCAACAAGAUAAGUCAUUUGAUAUUUCUGAUGAGAUAGCAAUAGCCGCAGUGGAAAAAUCUAAUAAUUACUCUGCCGCUGCUAUCAUCGUAAUGUCUCCUACUGGUCAUAUGGCACGAGUGAUGACCAAAUACAGACCAAGGAAUGUUAUUCUCACCGUGACCAAUGACCCUAGAGUGGCUCGCCAAUGUCAUUUAUACCGUGGUCUUGUUCCGGUCUUGUUACCAAACUCUGAUUGUGUUCUUCUGGAUCAACAGGAACAAUUUUAUUAUGCUUUCAACUUUGGAAAAUGUCAUGGAAUUAUAUCCUCUGGAGAUAUUAUUUUGUUAGUCAAAGAACCAAGCGUAUGUCAUCAGCAUUACACUCAUGCUAUACAAAAAUUUUUUGUUAUCUAAUUAUAAAUAUGUUUAUGGAUUGUAUUAAUCCAUGAUUUUCCUUCUCUUUCUAUCACGCGUGCAAUUACAAAAUAGGACUAAACAAUUUGAAAACAUAAAAAUUAAUUUUUGGGUAUGUUAAGUACAAAAUUUAAAAAAUGUGAGAUAGUCCAUCUAAAAAAGACUACGACGAAUUUAAAUCAGUUUUCAAAAUCCUUAUCACAUCAAUAGAUCAAUCGGUAUGUUGGAAAUAGAAAACGUCUAAAUCCCUAUAUUGCGCGUGUGGUAGAAAAAGAAAGAAAAUAAUGGCUUGCAAUCUCCUUACGUUUUUAUUGAAUAACAAUAAUAAAAAUAUUAAUAAUAUUA